GAAAUAAAAAAUUAUGUUUAUGUAUAUGCCCUAGAGUGCUCUCACUGUUUAGCAUAUUGAUGCUUGGCUACACCAUCGCUUGUCCAAUCCUAAAUGGGAAAAAGAAGCCUAAAAGGCAACUCUAGGCAACAUGGCUUUUACAUCUAGACCCUCGAAGAGGUGAAAUAACUGUGUUACCCCAACAAAAAUAUUAUCCUUCAACUAUUAAUGCUUCCUUAUAUCCUCUCAUUGGUCCGGGCUACUACAGAGCCUUGGAAACACUUUCCCAUCUUAGAUUUCCCUAAAACUUGUUCAACUGCCUUUGCCAUUUAGUAAUUCAACAACCACGAGUGAAUGAAAAGAAAAAAGGAAAAAAAGAAAAAAAAAAUCCACGUGUAACAUGCGCAGCAGCCCAUUUAAAAUAAAAUUAAAGAACCCUAGCCUUACCCAAUUUUCAUCCGUCUCUCUUAACCUUCUGGUAGUUGCGGCAAGAUCAUGUCUCAGUAAUUUCAGCUUCAGCCUCUAAAUUUUAACCAGUUCACCCAUCCUUAACCAUGACUUCGAUCCCCUCCUUUUGAUUUUUUUACCUUACCGCUUGUCUGACCUCUGCAACUAAUCUCCGGCGAUCGGAAAUGACAGACACAAGCUUCCCCGACCCUGUCACACCAUUUCCCGAUGCCGGAGAACUACUUUACGGUCAUCGGACUGCCCUCUACUCUUUCCCUGAAAUGGAAUUACCAUCUCAGUCGCCGCUUCAGAAGCUCCGUCCGAUCAGAGGAGGCAACAGGAGAGAUUCUUCAAUGGAAUAUACGGAUUUUCCAUCUGGAAGCCUUACUCACUGUAACGGGACGGCCGUUGCGACCUUGUCUGAGAUAGAGUUUCAGCCUCAGCUACCACCACAGAAACUCAAUUUAGUUACGGGGAGCGAUGCUUAUCCGCUAGGGGGUUGCGAUUUAUUGAUGAGUACAGAUGAAGUAGAGUUGCAGGAACAAGAGGGUGACGCUGGAAAGAGAUGGCCGGAGGCGGAGAUACUAGCGUUGAUGGAAAUCCGGUCCGAGAUGGAUUCUGAGUUUAGGGAUGAAAACCCCAAGGAGCCUCUAUGGGAAAUUGUAUCCAGGAAGCUUGGGAGACUGGGAUACCACAGAGAUUCUGAGAAAUGCAAAGAGAAAUUUGAAAGCAUUUACAAGUAUUACAAGAGAACCAAAGAAAGACAAGUGGGCAGUCAAGCUAGUAAUGCUUGCAAGUACUUAAAUGAACUUGGAGCUCUGCAUUAUCCAGACAACAACAACAACAACAACCCAAUAGCUGAAACUGCAUUACUGGAUAAGACUAGAAACCAAGGUUUGUACCCUGUCGAGGUCCCAUCCCAAAUGGUCAGACUUGGAACCGACUCAAUUGAUUUUUCCGCUGAUUUCAGCUCUUGUUCUUCUUCUGACGAUUCAACAUCAGACGACAUCUCAGAACCAAAAAAUCGGAAAAGGAAAAGAAAAACAAGGAAGAAGUUACAGCAUUUCUUAGAAAGUCAAUUGAAAAAAGUGCUUAAGAAGCAAGAGCAGAUGCACAAGCAGUUGAUAGAGAUAAUGGAGAAGAGGGAGAAAGAUUGGAUCGUCAGAGAAGAAGCAUGGAGGCAGCAGGAGAUGGAGAGGAUGAAAAGGGAUAAGGAAAUGAGGGCGCAAGAGACUUCUCGCAACAUUGCCCUGAUUUCCUUUAUACAAAAGAUCUUGGGUAAGGAAUCCUACAUCCCUCAAUCCCCAGAAACCUUGUACCUGGAAGAAGAAAAUCAGAACGAAGAAUGUGACAAGAAAGAUAACAAGUUUGAUCCAAACGGCAGGCGAUGGCCAAAAUCUGAGGUACAGGCACUAAUCACCCUCAGAGCCUCAAUGGACUUUAAGUUUCGGAGUACUGGCCCAAAAGCUUCUGCAUGGGAAGAGGUAUCUCUCGCAAUGGCAUCUAUGGGUUACGGUCGAAGUGCAACAAAGUGUAAAGAGAAGUGGGAAAAUAUUAACAAGUACUUCAAGAGAACAAUGGAGAGCGGCAAGAAACGACCAGAAAAUGCGAGGACUUGCCCAUACUUUUAUGAAUUGGAUACCUUGUACAAAAAUGGACUCAUUAAUCCAGGAAAUGCCCCUGCAAUUAUAAAAAAUGAAAACGGGGACAGCAAGGAGGGGAAACAGUGAAUACUUCGACACCCUGUUCUAAUUCUUUCUCUACAUCAGAGACCGUGAAGAAUCUAGUGGAUGUUCGAUUUCAUAUGCACCAACAUGACUUGUCUUAGUGGUAUCGAUUGAUCAGUUAUCCACAAGAAUGAAUUGUUUCUGUUCUCUUACUUAUACCUUGGAUGGUUUAAUAGGAACUUGAAGUUCAAUUCGAUAAUCCAGCCUGACUUGUCUAAUGGUAACCAUUGAUCAAUUCUAUGAUUUUUCUGUGGAUCUCAUUACCCUUUUCAGUCAACAUUUGAUCAUGAUAUCUUCAGCACCAUGAGAGAAUUACUUCUCCUGUUAUUUGUCUACUUCAGUUGGAACAAAAUUAACAAAUAUUUGUUGUGGUGCCAGAAAGGUUCGAACCACCAAAGCAAACAGGUUGUUAUGUUUUUGUUUUUUUCACAAACACAUAAGAUUAUGACUUGUAUGUAGAGCAAAUAUAAGAAUCGAAUCAAGAAAUUUACUGUUGUGCUGCUGCUGCUA